AUGCCAGUCACCAAACCACUAUCGUCCCUUAACCCAGUCGGAUCUGGGACCGAGGGAGACAAGCAGCAAAAAGAAGUGUUGAUUACCCUGGAUCUAACCGCAUUUGGUGCUGCAGACACUGGUACCCCCGAGUCAGUCCCUCGAACCGUGGCCGGCAUGGUCAAUGAAAAGGGAGAGAUCAUCGACAAGACAGGCAAGGUGAUAGGAACCGUCUUGGACGUCAAGGACCACGAAAAGCUGGUCGGGGAUGCAGUGACCGAGAAGGGAGACGUCAUCUCAGACCAGGGCGAGAGCCAAGCCAACGUUCACAUUGACGACAACUACACCCCGACACAAGUCCCGGCACAGGCCCCCGAGAAAAAGGAGGGCGGCGGCUGGAAUGUUCUGGGCAAGGCCAAGUCGGCCAUGCAGUACGGCGACAGCAUCCGCAACGCCGUGUCCUAUGGCCAAAACUUGCAAGGCGCCUAUAACAAGUUUACCCAGGGCCAAAAGGCCGAGGCGGACAAGACGGGCGAGCAUGUCAAGGGCGUCGAGGGGGCCAAGGAGUCUGCUGGCGGCGAAGACCAGAUACCCGCGCCCGUUCAAAUGGAGGAUAAGGACAAGCCUACCCAGGAGGACGUCGGUGCCGCCGCCGGGACAGAAGGGUUGAAAUCCCAAGAGCAGAAGGAAGGAGAGGCAGAGACGUCUGCUGCCGGGGACAAGGGUGCUGCAGAGCCUGCUCUGGGUGAGACUGGAAAGGAGGCCGGAGAACAAGGUGGCUCCUUGGCCGUCCAGAGCCCGAGACCUAUUUCUGAGCAAGACACAGGGGGUAUUCCUGAGUCUUCAAAGGAGACAGUUGAAGAAGCUGCUCCGGAAGGACAAAAGGCCCCCGAGGAAGUCGAGGGUGUCGCGGGCGGUGACAAGCUUGAUCAAGACAAAGCAGCUGAACUUAAGCGUGGAGAGGGCCAGCUUGGCGGGGACGACAACUUGGAUCAAGAGAAGUUGGAAGAAACCAAGCCUGGUGAAGACACUCUAGGUGAGGCCAAGGAUGAGGUCGCCAGCAAGGGUGAACAAGGUGAACAAGGUCGACUCGGCGGGGAUGCACUGAGUGAGGAAAAGUUAGGAGAAGAAACCAAGCCUGGCGAAGACACUCUGGGUGAGGGGAAGGAUGAGGUCACUGGCAAGGCUGAAGAAGGCCAACUCGGCAAAGACAAACUAGGUGAAGACAAGUUAGAAGAAGAAACUAAGCCUGGCGAAGAAACCAUCGCCGAGGACAAAGGUCAACUUAGCGAGGAUAAGCUGGGUGAAGACACCGUCGGUGAGGCCCAAGAUGAAGCCGCUGGUAAGGUUGAAGAGGGUCAACUAGGCGAGGACAAAUUAGGUGAAGACAAGUUGGACGAAACCGAGCCUAGCAAAGAAGCCCUCGACGAGGGCAAGGUUGAAGAGGGUCAACUGGGCGAGAACGAGUUAGCCGAAACCGAGACUAGCAAAGAAACUCUCGGCGAGGGCAAGGAUGAGGUCACUGACAAGGUCGAAGAAGGCGCAGAGGAAGCCGGAGAGACAGCCGAAAAACCAUUGGACUUUACGGUACUCAAAGGCACCAAGGUCAACAAAGUCGGCAACUUGGUCAAUGACAAGGGGGACAUUAUCGGAAGACUCGUUGACGGCGACCCCAAACAGUUGAUUGGCAGGGCUGCCGAUGAAGAAGGGCAAAUCUGGAACGACUCCGGCAAGGUCAUCGGCAAGGCGGAGCCCAUCGCCGACGCCGACCGAGAUGAAGCAGCCAAAGAAUUCGCGCCGUUCGAGAACUUCCCAGACGCCGUUGUUGAAGGCGACGGACGCGUCAUGUCCGAGGGCCGGCAGGUUGGCGAAGUGAUUGAAGGAGACCCCAAGCGCAUGAAGGGCAGCCGCGUCGACGAGGACGGCGACAUUCUCGACCGUCGCGGCAACGUCAUCGGCAGGGCCAAACCCUGGGACGAACCAGAGGAAGUACCCCCCGAGGUCAUCGACAUGUCGUCCCUGGCCGGAAAGAGAGUCAACAAAGCCGGCAACGUUGUAGACGCUCAUGGCCAAAUCUUUGGCCGCGUCGUCGAGGGCAAUGUCAAGGCUCUUGUGGGCCGCAUGUGCGACAAAGAGGGCAACAUCAUGAGCGAGUCGGGCGACAAGAUAGGGCGCGCCGAGCUGGUCCCCGAGUCGGAGCGCGAGGGAUCCCGCGAGGGACCAUUCGCAGAACUCUCCGGCUGCACCGUCGCCAGGGACGGAACGGUGGUCACGCCGUCCGGCGAGGUGGUGGGCCGGCUCACCAGCGGCGACGGCAAGGUCCUGUACGGCCGGCCCGUGGACGAAGACGGCGAUGUCGUCGACAAGAACGGCAACGUCCUGGGCAAGGCGGAGCGGUGGGAAGAACCCGAGAAGAAGAAGGAUCCCCUGGCCGGACGCAGAGUCAACCGCGAGGGCAACGUCGUCGACGAGGACGGCAACAUCAUUGGCAAGCUGACCAGCGGCGACCUCAACAUUUGCUCCGGAAAGGAGAUUGACGAUGACGGGGACGUUGUCAAUUCCAAGGGCAUGACCAUUGGUCACGUCAGUCUCCUCGAGGACAUCCCGCCCGAGCCUGAGGAGUCUGCUGAGGACAGGGAGAAGCGAGAGCAGGCCGAAAAGGACAGGAAGCUCGCCGGCCUGAUCGCCGCCUCCAUUGAGCAGUCUCUCGAAAAGAUCAGGCCCAUCCUCAGGAUGAUUACCGACAAGGUCGACAGGGCGGAGCGCACGCCAAAGGAGGAGCUUGACGAGGAACAGCUCGUCAGAGAGGUGAGGCCCCUCAUCGAAGAAGGGAGCAAAAUCCUUACCGAAACCAACGGCGCCAUCCGGGGUCUGGAUCCCGACGGCCGUAUCCAGAGGCAAGCCAAACACAAGGCUUCGACAAAGGAAGCGACUCCCGAGGAGCAUCAUCUUGCCGAGUUUCUCAAAGAGCUCACCGGUGACGUUACCCAAACCAUUGACAAUGCGAAGCGCAAGAUUGAAGGUAUGCCUCACGCCAAGAAGGAGUUGAACCCUCUUUGGGGCCUUCUCUCGGAGCCGCUGUUCCAGAUUAUCGCGGCAGUUGGUCUUCUCCUCAAUGGCGUUCUAAGCCUUGUUGGCCGUCUGUUGGGCGGUUUGGGACUUGGUGGAUUGGUUGAUAAUUUGCUUGGUACGCUUGGUCUUAACAGGGUGCUUGAAGGUCUUGGCUUGGGUAGUGUGACGAGUGCUUUGACCGGGAAGAAGGAUAAGAAAUAA